AUGGAUACACCACAAACUCCCCAAGUUCGGGUUCCUGGCGAAACCCCCGAAUCAACACAACCCGAACCCAAUGCGACUGCCACUGCCACUGCCACUGCAAACCACAAUUCUACUGAAGUAGAGAUGGGAGGAACACAGAACACAAACCAAGCUGAAUCUGAACCUAUGCAACAAGAUGCGACACUUCCAGAUGUGCAGGCAGAGCCAGAGCAACCUGCCCCGGCAAAGAAGAACCCCGGGUUUAACUUUCUUGAGUGA